GAAGCCGUCUCGGCGCAUAUAAAGCGCUGCCGUCGGGCCGGGCAGCCCUGCUCGCUCCCGGGACCCCGCUGCCACCCGUUCUCCUGCCCGUCCGCCGCCGCUACAUGGCCGCCGCCCGUCGCCUCCCGCUGUCCGCGCUGCUGCUGCCCCUGGCCUGGGCGGCCCUGGCCCCACGCAGCCUCACAGAGAAGCAGCGCGCCUGCCUGCUGCCCCCCGACGACGGCCCCUGCCGCGCCCUGGUGCCGCGCUGGUACUACGACAGGUACACGCAGAGCUGCCAGGAGUUCACCUACGGGGGCUGCCACGGCAACGCCAACAACUUCCUCACCCUCGAUGACUGCGAAAAGAGCUGCUGGACCAUCAAGAAAGUGCCCAAAUUAUGCAGAAUGGAGGCUGAUGGAGGACCUUGCAGGAGUCAUCUGAAAAGAUAUGCCUUUAACUUGACCUCAAUGAGGUGUGAAGAAUUCAUCUACGGUGGCUGUUACGGAAAUGGCAACAACUUCAGGGACUUGAAGUCUUGUGUGGACCACUGUCUGCCAGAGAAAACUGGUCCCUUGCUAUGCUACAGCCCAAAGGAUGAGGGAUUGUGUUCUUCUGCUGUACGUCGCUAUUAUUAUGACUCCAAGACUAAAUCCUGUAAGGAGUUCAAAUAUACUGGCUGUGGUGGAAAUGCUAAUAACUUUGUUACUGAAACAGAUUGCUACAAUGUCUGCAGAAAAGCAGGGACUCAGAAACCAAAAAUCAACAAGCCAGUGAAUGGAGUCCGCAGAAAAAUGAUGAUAAAACUGAUUAAAAAACCUCAGACAUACAAUCCAAAAUCUUAAAGCUGAUGUGCACUUGGAUGUUUGAAACACUUUCUUUUAUUUCAUUUUCUUCUUUUGUAAGAUAGUUUCCACACAGUUUUAUAUACAGACAUAGUUCUGUCUUUCAGAACUGCUUUUUAUUCCAGCUUACUUUUUGUAAAGAACUGCAUUUAAUAGAAGAAGAAUGAACCUGAGUUUGGUUCUUCUGUUCUGUUGUUUUUGCAGUAAUACUUUGGCAAAGCCAGAUAUUUAGAUUUCCAUGUUUUUAUGGGGGAAUGUUACUACUGCCUUGGGAAGAUAUUUCAGCUGUUACAUCUCAAUUAAGAUUUGAAAAAUAAGUUGUCUCUUAGUAUAACUAAGGACAGUACAAAGCUAAAUCUCUACCAUGGAUUUUUUUGGCAUGUUCUGCUUGCUGAAGAAAAAAACCUUUUCAAAAGCGUAUUCAGAGGUAUAUUGCCCAACCAUUUUACACACCUGGGCACUAUCAUUUCAGUAGACUGCUUCAUAGUUAUGUUCAUAGUCAAGGUUUUCAGAAGCCUUCUUAACACUAAAAGAAGCAUAAACUUACAUCUGGCUUAUCUCACAAAAUAAAAUUGGAAGAGUGCUUAUUGGACUGACAUUCUGAGAAAGGCAAUGAAUAAGCUAGUUUUGUAUUAAAAUGAAAAUGUAGCCAUUUUUCAUGACUUUUGAAAUUUCUUCAAAAUUACAUUCUAUAUCCUUGUGAGUUAUAAAUCAGCAUAUUUUUAUUGAUUUUAAUGGAUCUACACUGAUUGUAUCUGCUGAGGAUUUUGAUAUUGGUGUUUAUGCAGCAGUUGUUAAAGCAGGAGAGCAGAAGCUUCUGCAAAUCUCAAGUAAUCCCUUUUGAGGCACUACUGUACUUCUUAUGGUAGGUUAUGUAUAUGGUGAUACUAUUGCACCCUCUUUUAUGUUUUGUGUUUGAGCCAUGUCUGAAUUUCAGUUAAUUUCACCUACAAUAUUUUCUAAAUAUGAAUUUGCAAGUAAUGUUAAUGAAUUAAAAAAAAAAAUAAAUUGGAGUCCUUUCUUGUCAUA